AGCCAAGGCCGCCUGGCUGUGCAGAGCAGGCAGCGCCAACCCCAGGCGUUGGGAGUCGCAUGGUAUCUCUUGCCCCCGGGAGACUUCUCUCUGCUAGUACCGGGAGGAUCGGGACACUGGCUUUCCUAAUUGCGGCUUCGAGCACCACGGCGUCUGCUUUGAGAAUGGCCGCCACAAAUACUGCUGCUGCUGCUGCUGCUGCUGCUGCAUCUCGCGGUGGAGUUGUGCGGAAAAUGGCCAACGACGCUGCGUCAACCCGCGUCGCAACCGUCCUGGGCACCAUGUCGAUCCCUGCGCCGCUCGACGCUGAGGCCACGCGAGAGGCCCUCGACUACUUCGCUGCCCGCGGCUUCGACCAGAUCGACACGGCGAUCAUGUACCAGGGGGGCAAGUCCGAGGCGACGCUAGGUGUGUUGUAG